AUGGAUCAAGAUCUUGCUAAAGCCUUAUUUGACAAAGGCGCGUUCCUACUUUUUUUGAAUGCACCUCCAGGUUUGGAGUUUGGUAUAGAUUAUAAUUCCUGGCAGAUUGGGCCAAAGUUCUUGGGUGUUAAAUUGAUUCCCCCAGGUCUGCAUUUUGUCUAUUACAGUGUGACUGACACUUCCACUGCUGCUUCAGGCAUAAGAAGUGGUUUUUUCAGAUAUUAUGAGAAAAAGGAGGGAUGUGUUGUUAUUAAAGAAUGGGAUAAGAUAAAGGAAGAUCUGAAAGAAGACUCGGAACUUGAUCAAGAACAAAAUGAACGAAUAAAAUCCGACAUGCGUCAACUUGAUCAAUAUUUAGGCGCGUACCCUUUAAACACGUACCAAAAAUGGCACAAUCUCACUGAUCAUGUUACUCCCUCGUUAGUGUCUCGCAUAUUACCAGAUCAAGGAAGACUCAACAAUAUUUCAUCAUCCACCGUGGAUGAAGAAGAACUUCAAGAUAUACGUGGGAAAGAAAAAGGAAAUAAACAACAAUAUCAACAAGAAGAAUCUGUCAAUGAUACAAUAAUGUUCACAAAGUUUGAUUUGAAAAGAAGUUGGCGACCAGGUGCAUUUGGUCCAGAAGUGACCAAAUAUAGUCAAGACAAAAGUUGGCUAUUAUCGGAACUUUUAUCGAAAAUUUAUCGUGAUGAUUACAAAGAAUUGCUUGGUGAAUUGCAACUGGCAUUUGUUUGUUUAUUACUUGGGCAGAAUUAUGCUGGUUUCGUGCAAUGGAAGAAUUUAAUUCAUCUUUUAUGUGGUUGUCGCGAAGUUUUGUUAACUUAUGCAGACAAUUUAUUUGUCGAAUUUCUUGAUAUACUAAGACAUCAAUUGGAAGAAUGCUCUGAUGACUUUUUUCGUGAUGUGAUUUCAGAAAAUAACUUCUUAGCUCAUAUGCUCAAGACUUUUCGGCGCAAUUUGCUAGACUUAUCAUCGACAAAUCGGUCCCCCGAAUUAGGAACCCUAAAACGAAAAUUCGAGAAAAUAAGAACAUUUCUCAAUCGCAAAUUCAAAUGGGAAAUGAUUGAUUCUGCCGUAAGAAUUGAAGUUGGGGCUGACGAUGAAGAGGAGGAAGGAGAGUACGCGCCUAUAAUAAUAGAUGUGUCAGAUCAAUCCCAACAAGAAUCUCCUUUGGCUGGUGAUUCUGCUGUUUCAAGUUAG